AUGGCAUUAAUUACACAAUUCGACGAUUUACCGGAUCUAUUCUUUAUUGAAUUGUUUAAUUAUUUAUCUUCAAUCGAUAUUCUUUGGGCAUUUACCAAUUUAAAUAAUCGUAUUCAAACAAUUAUCAAUGAACGAGGUUUCUUUCGUCACAUCAAUUUAUCAUCAGCACGUCUGUCAAAAUUUGAUACACUUCUUACUAUACUUCCAUUGAAUCAAAUUGAAACACUCAUCAUUGACAUAGAAGCAUCGCCUCUUCAACUUUCUCGCUGGCCUUAUUUGCCUCAUUUGACUACAUUACGAUUAUAUGGUUUACGUGACUUUGUAGAUACUACCAAUUUUAUCCUUCGGCACUCAACUUCACUCAUACAUCUCACAUUGGAAACAAACGAUUUAUUUAUGUCAAUGGGCUUUACGGGCUAUAUUGGGCACCCUAGAGGCCGUUUUCCAAUACUUGUGAAAAAUGUUUUGCCACAUUUGAAUGCACUUCGUUCGCUUGAUUUGGGCCAAGAUACUGGAUUCGGUCUCACGAAUUGGUACAUUACUACAAUACAAUGUCCUCUCAAUUAUCUUCGUGUGUCGAUGGAACACAUACCACAUUUAUGUCAUGUUAUGUCAAGAGAGACACUUUCAACUACAUUAAAACAAUUGCAUGUAACAAUGCGCAGUGAAAAUACGAGAAGAAAAAAUAGUUUACCUAAAGGAUUAGUGUUAUCUAAAAUGAUCAAUUUGCAUACAUUUACUUUGGCUCAAUCGAUAUUCUACAGAAGUAGUAGAAUUGAAUGGUCAACUAUUGAAUCACUCACAGCUCCGAAUGUGAUGCCCGUACUUCGACGAAUGGAUUUGGCUAUUUUCAUAACUGUCGAUGAUUUAGAUUGUAUCAAUAGAUCGUCACUUUUCAUGGAUGAUCGUCGAAUCGAUAUUCAAUUUGCUUUCAUUAUAGAUGAUACUUCUCUAGGUAAUCAACUAAGUCAUUAUGUACCACAUGGUAGUCGUUUUCAUCCACGACAAAUAGUUGGUGUAACUUGUGUUAUAAGUUGCUUAUCCCGAAAUUAUCAAGAAUUGACAAAUAUCAAUUGUUAUUUCGAUAGUUAUCCAUGGGCUUACGAUGUUUGGUACACUUUACCAUGGGCAUUUGAACAAUUCUUCGACUCGGUUGUACCGAUUCAAUAUAUAACUAAAGUAGAAGUAUUUGCUCUACCUCCUUCGUACUCAUCCAUUAUUAAUUCAUCUCGACUUCGUACACUUAGCAUAUCAGAAAAUGAUUCAUUACCAUCGAUUAUUUCAAUGCCUCAUGUUGUGCAACUAGAUCAUAUUAACACAGUUCAUUUAUCAUUUCAUGAUUGGCCAACUGGUUUAAAUCUUCUGGCUCUUCGUCAUGUUAUAUUGACAAAUAAUCUCGUUGCAUUGAAAAACUUCUCCUCAUUUCCAUCUAAUAUUCGGUCUAUUCAAAUUCUAUUUCGUGCUAAUAUGCUGAACUUUGUAUCAAGCAAUUGGUCUACAUUGCGUUCACUUUCAGCGUUACCGAUGCUCACCUCGUUACAUAUCAUUAUCAAUGACAUGAAUACAGGUCUUGAUGAUAUUAGUUGUCAGAUUAUUACAGAAACAGUACCAAUGUUCGUUCAUUUUGGUAUUCAUUUUCGAAGAGACAGUGGAAUGCCGCCAUGUGAUUCUGUUGUUCAUUGUAUUGAAUUUGAUCCUGCUCUCAUCGAUGUUGCUAAUGAUUUUACUAGUCCUAUUAUUGACGACGAAGAUGAUGAAAAUAAUGAAGAUGAUGAUUUGGCAUUCUUGGAAUCGAUAUUUGAUGUUUACCGGGCAUCUAUUAAAGAACUACAUCGUCGUAUUUUAUGUUUAUCAUUUCAUAUGAAACCUCUAAUUGUUAUUGAAGAGGGAGGUUGUGGGCUGACUGUUUGGUUAUGA